AUGAAAACUGGAGGUUUAGUCGUAGCCGCCGUCGCUUCGGAAAAUUUGGAGCAAGACAAAUCUAAAAAAGCAUUGCAAACUCUUCAGCCAGCAGCCACGGACAAGGAAAAUCUUGUUGGAGUAAGCCGACAAUUGAGAUCCAGUGGCCCGACUCCAGGUCCUGUCAAGAAUGAGAUGUCAGAAAAAACUAAAAAAGAGGCUCCAAAAAAAGACAAGAAAAUAAAAAAAAUAAUAUUCAAAGAUAAAGCAUGCCAAACUGCCAGAGGGAAUAAAAUAAAAAUAGAAGUUGAAGAUUUGACAUCUGAAGCUGGUCCAAGUGAAGAUUACUGGCAAGUGCUAGCAGAAAGAAGGCGCAUUGCUCUCGAUGAUGCUUUAGAAGAAAACAAAGCGCUGACUCAGCGCGUUGCUAAACUUGAAGAGGAGAAGAAGAUUUAUAAAGAAAUGCUUGACGAAACUCGAGCCCUCGUAGAAGUCCUUCAGGAAAUGAUUGGAGAGGAUCGUAGUGACAUAAAUAAUUCCCUGGAAGAUACACUAUGA